CUCCCCUGGCUGCGAACCGAGCCCUGUGCCCCAUGGCCGGCCCAGCUACCAUGGCCCAUUACAAGGCUGAGCAAGAUGACUGGCUGGUUGUCUACCUGAAGUAUUUACUCUUUAUCUUCAACUUCUUCUUCUGGGUAAGAGGAGCACGUAUCCUAGCUAAUCGGCUAUGGGCUCUGGUUUUGAAAAUGUAAAAUGGUAAGCUGAGUAAUGUAGGUGCCUCCACCUUCGCAGCCUCCGCCUACAUCCUCAUCUUCGCGGGCGCCCUUGUCAUGGUGACCGGCUUCCUGGGCUUUGGUGCCAUCAUCCGGGAGGACAGGAGCUGCCUCUCCACGUAUUUCUGCCUGUUGCUGGUGAUCUUCCUCGUGGAGCUGGUGGCGGGGGUCCUGGCCCACGUGUACUACCAGAGGCUGAGCAAUGAACUGAAGCAGCACAUGACCCGGACGCUGUCUGAGAACUAUGGGCAGCCUGGAGCCAUGGAGAUCACCACCUCAGUCGACCGUCUGCAGCAGGACUUCAAGUGCUGCGGAAGCAACAGCUCUGCCGACUGGCAGCACAGCGCCUACAUCCUGUCCCGGGAGGCCGAGGGCCGCCAGGUGCCCGACAGCUGCUGCAAGACGGUGGUAGCGCGCUGCGGCCAGAGGGCCCACCCCUCCAACAUCUACAAGGUGGAGGGAGGCUGCAUCACCAAACUGGAACAGUUCCUGGCCAACCACCUGCUGCUCAUGGGAGCAGUGGGCAUCGGGGUGGCCUGCCUGCAGACCUGCGGAAUGGUUCUCACCUGCUGCUUGCACCGGAGGCUCCAGCUGCAUGUUCACUAACGGCCCAUCGUGUCCCCCUCCACUGCCCCCCACAAGGACAGGGGUCCAAAUCCCAUCUGCCAGACCCGGGGAGCCAGCAUAGCUCAUCUAGAAACUCGCAGAAAGUCCCCAUCCCUGGUGCCCACCCUUCAGACCCACCAAGUGCCCAAGACCAUGGCUCCUGAAGUUCCCACCAGACGGGAACCCUCCACUUCCGAGUGCUCACUGCCAGCCCAGGCGGGGACUGGCCCUGCCAGGGACAGACAGGAGGCUCCCAAGGACCACGGGAAGGUGAGAGAGUUGGACUCUCUGCUCCCUCCCAGCUCCUGAAACGACAUCGAAGGACUACAAACCUUGACCCCUCUGGACCGGGUGUUCAGCAUGACCCCGACGUUGCUGAGCAGCCCUCCUCUCGCCUCUGCCUAGGUUUGGGGGCUUUGCUCUGGCCUCCCGGAGAUGCAUCACGGUGGGCAGUUAGGGGUAUCUCUGCCCCCAGAAGGCCCAGGCCUCUGAUCUGCCCACCCCAAGGCCU